AAAAAUAAAUAAAUAUAGCGCGCUUGACCUAUGAACCGUGUGUUUUAAUAUACAAUAUUAUAUAUGUGUACGAACAUAUUUUCUGGAUUUCAUUAUUUCCAGACCCCUCGCGCGCGCGAUGAUGAUAAUAAUUAUAAUAAUGCUCAAUUUUACUUGCUUUGUUCAUUAUUCUUGAGUCACUUAUUAUCAUCAAUAUAUUUAAAAUUGACAAAAAUCAUCAAGAAAUCAGUAAUAAUUUUCUUCGCUAAGAUCUGACAUAAAAAUAAAUUGAGAUCGCAAAUUGGACAUUGUUACCAGUGUAUUAAAAAAAAUAAACAAGUGUCUUAACAUUUUUUUUUAACCAAAAGACAAAGGAGAUAAAAUGAACUGUUUAAAUAAUGAUAAUCAUGACUUAAUCAACCAGCCAAUAAUCAAUGAUUCAGAUGAAUUUUCUUCCGCUACUAGGAGCAGUAAUCAAAACCGAAAUGGUACGGGAUCACUUGGAACAAUAUUUUUAAUUGUUAAUGCAACAUUAGGUGCUGGUCUUUUAAAUUUCCCGGAGGCAUUCGAUAAAUCUGGUGGUAUUGCAACGGCAAUAAUUGUACAAUUAUUUUUUCUAAUUUUCAUCACAUCGGCAUUGGUUGUACUUGCAAAUUGCAGUGACAUUACGGAAACAUGUACAAUGCAAAAUACAUUUGCCGGACUUUGUGGAUCAAAGUCAUUAAUUCUUUGUGGUGUUUGCGUGGCAAUUUAUAGUUUUGGAUGUUGUCUAACAUUUCUCAUAAUAAUUGGCGAUCAAUUCGAUCGUGUUUUUGCCACAUUUUAUGGACUCGACUAUUGUCACAAUUGGUAUUUGUCGAGACCAUUUAUAACGAGUAUCACGGCAAUAGUUUUUAUUUUGCCACUGUCAUUUUUUAAACGAAUGGACGUUUUGAGUUAUGCGAGUUCCAUUGGAUGCUUAACAAUUAUCUACGUUGUUUGGAUGGUUAUUUAUGAAAGUUUCGUUAACAAUGAUAAAUUGCCAAAAAAAACAAUUCACAUUUGGCCCGAGAAUUUAACGCAACCACUGCAAAUUGUUCCAAUAAUUUGCUUCGCCUAUCAGAGUCACAUGACAGCAAUACCAACCUACGCAUGCAUGAAAGAUCGUCAAUUGAGUAAAUUCACAUGGUGCGCAAUAAUCAGUAUGAUUAUUUGCUUUAUUGCUUAUUCAAUUGUUGGAACAUUUGGAUACAUGACAUUUGGCGCUGGUAAUGUGCCAAGUGAUAUUUUACAGGGUUACACCGACAAAAGUGUAACUCUAACGUUGGCAAUAAUAGCGGUUGCUGUAAAAAAUUUCACUACAUAUCCAAUUGUUUUAUAUUGUGGACGUGACGCAUUAAUGGAAUUAAUUGGUUGGGAUUUAAAUAGAAAUUUUCUUUCGCGUAUUAUAUUGACUUUAAUUUGGUUUUUUAUGUCAUUGGUCAUUGCAAUAUUAGUGCCUGACAUAACACCUGUUAUUAAUUUACUUGGCUCACUAUCGGCUGCAUUUAUUUUUCUUUUUCCCGGAAUUUGUCUAUUACAAAGUACCUUAAAGCGGGAUCCACAACUUUUUAUGAAUAAAAAUCGUGCUAUGAUUUUUCUCGCUAUUUUAAUAACUGCACUUGGUGCACUUGUUUGUGGAAUUAUUUUUGUCGAAUCACUGCAAGAUCUUUUUAGCGGGAAAUCGUCGUCACUUAAAAAAUCACUUACUUCCGGUUUGAGAAUUUCAUUAGGCAAAAGUUUGUGUGUUUAAUAUUAACAUUCGUUAAUUAUAAUUAACGAAUUAUAAAAAUAAUUUUUUUUAAAAAUAUUUAAUUAUUAUAAAAAAUCAAUUUUAUAUAAAAAUU